AUGGGUCUUUUCAGCCACCACCACGAUCACCACGGAGGCCCUGGCGGUUCCCAGGGAGGCCCCGGAGGUCAUGAGGGUGGUCCUCACGGAGGUCCUGGUGGUCCCCAAGGAGGCCCCGGAGGCCAUGGUGGUCCUCAUGAGGGUGGUCCCCACGGUGGUCCCCAAGGAGGUCCCGGAGGCCCCGGUGGUCCUGGUGGUCCCCAUGAAGGUGGUCCUCAUGGAGGUCCUGGGGGACCUGGCGGUGGCCACGGCGGUGGUCCAGGAGGACACGGAGGCCCUGGCGGCCCUGGCGGCCACCACGGCGGCGGCGGCUGGUAA